AUGCAAGGACUGGCCACGUCAGCGACGCCUUCUCUCGCACCUCGGCGCUUGCGGUUCAUAAACGUACUGCAUUGCAGCAAUACCCCACCCAUACACGCACUCUCUCUCCCCCUCUCUCUUACUGUGCAAGCUACGAAACUCAUGAUGGUACGAACCACAGAAUACAAGGCCGAGUAUCAUCACUUCAUUCCGCGGUUUCUCCUGCGCCACCCUCGAGCAACCCCACCUACGCGUCGCCAGAGAGGAAGAAGGCCACGCAGCCAAAGACCACAAUGGCAGCCACCCAAGGAUCCGUUCGUCAAUGCGAUAGACUUGAGAAAGAAUGCCCUGGUCCAAGUAUCGGUAUCGCGCGAGUUUGGACUGGUGGACAUGUAUCGCGAUCAAGGUUACCAGAACCCAAGGCAUAUCGAGGAUAAUCUUGGAAAGUUGGAAGGUCAUGCUGGUAGAAUUAUCAAAAAAGCGUCAGAUACAUUCAAAGCCGGUCAGACACUUGAAUUAACUCGCCGUGAAAGGGAUACUAUAAGGAAGUUCCUCUUCCUGAUGAAAUACCGAAACUCUACUUUCUAUGCUCGAUACAACCAUGACAGCAUCAUGACCUAUGAUUCGAACGACAAACACCGCUUGGAGAGCUACAUGCGGGAAAAGAGAUUCAAAUCGCCUCGUGAUAUCUGGUACUCCAAUCUGAAGACAUUCUUGGAUCUAGAAAUGGAUCCAGACAUGCAGUGGAUCAAGAAGGUUCACGAACGGGCGUUCCCAGACGAUGCAAUGAUGUUCAUCCAUCACAUGCAGUCCAAGUUCAUGGCAUUCUGCCAGCCUUCAUCGGAGGAAGACGAGUUCAUAUUGACCCAUAAUGCGUAUGGAGUCUUUGAGGGCCCUUCAGAUGUCCAGAUUGACCCCACCACCGGGGGAGCAAUCGAAGGGGCGUACACGGAAUACCAUAACUUUGCUCCAAUUUCUGCGAAACUCAUCAUUAUCUUGAGAAGCUCAUUGCUUGUAGACCCCUCUAAGGAAGGCGCAGAGGAUCUCCAGGAAGAGUGGGAAAACUUGCGGGAAGAAGUCAGAAAACAGCAUUUAUUUCCUGAUAAGGCCGCCGUCUCGCUACUGGAAAGCCUUCCUAUAAAGAAGUGUGGGAACUCGUACUCGACUACCAUCAAUGGGAAGCUCGUCUUAAAACCGAACCGAGGCCCUCGGGGCGAAGACAAGUUCUAUUUUACCUGUUUCCGCAUAUCUUCCUACUAUGUCAGUUUGAUCAAUAGUAUCUUCCUCGAGCAGGCAACUAAAGGGGACACUAUAGUCUACAGAUCUAAAUCGGCUCUCGGGAGAACCCUCAAAUCAUACCUCGAGAUCGGUAGGGAGGGUUUCAAACUGGUAACCGAUGAGGCUAAUGACCCUCACCUGGCAUUUUUGAAGAAACUAGAGAAGAUUGCAGGGCAAUUAGUUGGGAAUGUCUGCCUUAGGUACAAGGCCAUCGCACCACCCAAACCCCAGACCCAUAUGUCCCAGUGGGUUGCACACUUAGUUGGGUUGAAAGUAAUGGCGUUGUCAGGGAAUUCAGCCGCGCCAGAAGUAUAUAAGCUCAUGAAACCAGAUGGGGGAUUGGACACAUAUUUUUAUGAUCUCAUGCAGUCGCAACUUAUGGUUUUCUUGAAGAUCAAGAUAGAUGUGAUUCUGAGCCGUUCCAAGUUAACACAAGAUGACAGGUUGGAAGUUAAGUAUCAGCUGCUGCAGCUUUAUUUGACGUUUCCUGCACAGCGCCUCUGGCUUUACGUGAAAAUUAUGCGAAAUCUACCCAACUUUGACGAACGAGACUUCAAAAAGCCGAUUCGUGAGCUGGAGAUCAACGGGCCUGAGGAUGAUGUUGCGAAAUAUCAGCUCACAAUGUUGAUGUUCUAUAAAGUCCAAAUGACGGCUUCAUUCCUUAUAUAA